AUGGUGUUUCGCCUCCUGCGGCGGGAAGCGCGGGCGCUGCUGUCCUGCGGUGAAGAGUGGCUGGUGGGUGGAGGCAGUUUGCACCUGGGUCGAGUGGGGCUCUUGGCCAAAGAGGUAAUGGCCCUUCUGGCCACGCCGUCCGGCCCUUCGCGGGCACUUCCUGCGCCGCAGGGAGUUCCCCCCCAGGCCGCAGAUCAUGGCCAAGAGCCUUUGUGGGAUAAGACUCACGUUUGCUUGCGCGAAGGAGGACUCCUCCAGUGGGUGCGUCCCCUGAGCGAAAAGGCCGCGCAGGCGGAGGCUGGGGAGGCCAGCGAGGCGCGGCGCGAAGAUCGUUCACCCACGGCGGAUGGCAAUCAAGUAGGACAACUUGGACCACUGCACGGAAGUUCUGUUGAGUUCCUGGGUAUCCAAGCCAACCCCAAGUUGCGCUUGGGCGACGACGGGGGUCACGGAAAUCCCCAAGUGUUGCACGUCUUCCGGCUGUUUCCUCCACAUCACUUGCGACGGCAGCCCAUGACUUUUGCCGUGGAGACCUCCGCUGAGCUGGAGCAGUGGAUGCGGGCCCUCCGUAGCGCGACGGAGGUGGUAGUACCGCCUGCGCAGCCACACAGCAGGUGGCUCCGCUUGGUGGACUUCUGGGAGGCCCGUGGGCCGCCGGAACGGUGUGAGGCUCCACCCGCCAAGCUUCAGUUGCAGGUGCUACGCACCUCUGGCUUGGUGGCCGACAGGCUCCAUGAUUCACAUGACUUGCCUGGACCUGAAAGUGGGGAAUAUCCUUGCAAGGUUGGCAAUGCCUCCAACCAAUUUUCCUCUGCUGGACCCCACAACCUUUACGUCCUGGGACAAGUGCACGGAUGUCACUUUCGCACCGCGACGAGAUAUGGUGUGGAUUGCGCCGGAGUCACCGUGUUUGGGCACCAGUUUGACCUGCCCUUGUGGUUCGAGAAUCCUGACGAAAUGGUGGAGUUCAAGGUCUACCACGAGCCGGAGUAUGAUGACAGCGAGCCCAUCCUGUUGGGCGGAAUUCGCAUCCCGCUCUUUACGCUUUCGCGCGGGCGUAUGGUGGCAUUGCAGCUGCCCUUGAAGCAGGACGAUGCCACCCGCAGAGGUUUCGUGAACGUCUCCUUUGGUCACCUGACCAUCGCCGCCAGGGUGGAACAGCCGCUGGGCUACCUCUGCCUACCCGUGGAGCCGCCCAUCGAAGGCGCGCCUGGCGCCCCCUUCGCAGCGACGGCCAGUCCAGCGCCCGGAUCUACGGCGCUGGACUGGGCGGAUUUGGAGAAGCAGAUCAGUCGUUUGGUGGAACUGAUCCAGAUGGUUUUUGUCCGAUGGCAGAAUAGCGUCAUCUUUGUGAUCCAGUGGGAACAUUUUUGGUACUCCUUGCUGUGGUUUCUCUUCAUGGAGCUUUGGUUUCUUUUCCUUUGGAGAUGGUCUUUCCCCAUCAUCUUCGCAUUGCUGCUGAAACGCACCCUGGACUUGCGCCGGCGCCUGGCACCUGCGGCACCUGCGACCGCGGCGACGCUGCCGGUGGAGCCGCUACCGGAGCACUGGCGCUUUGAGCGGAAGCACAGGAGAAACAGUUUUCACCCUGAAGCUUCGUGUUCAGAGCCGCCUGACCUCGUGACGUGGGAAGCUGAACGGCGCUGGAUGUUUGGAGGCUUCAGCGCGGACUAUUUGAUUGAUGGUUUUGAUGUGCCUCCUUGGGUUAAUGGUUAUGGCCAAGAAUGUGGUGGUCCACAGGCCAUCAUCUUCAUUGGUGGCCAAAGAUAUCGCUACCAAUGGAAGGUGGUUGUUAACGCAGAUACUGAUGAGAAUGGCUGGCAAUACGCCUUUGCCUUCACUCAAGAUGCCCAAUGGCGGCAUACCAUGGAUACGGUUCAAACCUGGGUACGCCGGCGUCAGCACCACGGCCGAUGUGUGGCCUUGGCCGAUGCCGAGACGCCGCCCUACGCGGAGGAUCGGCCCGAGCAGAGCCAGGGCCUCCAGGCACCGGUGGAGUCGUCCUUGACGGAGAACGACCAGCUGAAUCGAUAUGUGAAGCUCUACCUCUCGAUUCGCAAUGAUGUUGACUUUGUUCUCAGCAUGUUGGAGAAGCACAAGAACUUGAUCACCUGGAAGGACCGAGACAUUUCGUCCAUCAUGGCGUGGCUCUUGGCGAUUCUGCUGCUGAUCAGUUCUCUCAUCCCCACCCGAGUGAUCCUGGCCGGCCUCGUGGCCUUCACCUUCUACUUGGGCAGCUCCAUGGGCUUUCGCAAGCGCCAGCACCGUCGGGACUUUCUGCUGGAGCUCAGCAGGUUGAGCUGGGCCAACGGAGCGGGUAAAAAGGUGGAGUUUCAGGGCACCGAGCCCACCUCGGUCUUGGAGGAGAAUGGCGUUACACGACUCUUGUUGAGGGAUUGGUGCAACGGCAGCUUCAAGACACAGUUUAAUUUGAAGAGCUUUGACCAUUGCCAGAGCCUGGCACAACUCGCAGAUUUGGUGGUGCAAAGUUCACCCAGCAUCGAGACGGCGCCGCGGAGAUAUCGCUCGUGGCAUUCCGACGUCUAUGGCAACUUCUUGGACCAUGUGCCAUCCGAUAGCACCGACUACGACGCCUCGUGCAUCUGCUACAAGUUGCCGGGCGCAGGGAAUCUGCCGGAGAUCGAUGUGAGUAGCUGGCCCAUGCCGGGAAGAAAAAGUGGUGAGCCUCUGAGUUCAGAGCCUGAUGGAGUGGUGAUCGAGGAAAGCCACAUGGAGGUAAUGGAGGUGGCCUGCGAGCCAACUAUGCCCACUGAGCAUGUCUUGGAUGUGGCGUCACCCAUGCGCGGGCCAACGUCUUCUAGCCUUGGUGUGGGUAUCAUUGAGACGGCUGAAAGGCAGCGCGAGCUGCGGGAACUGCGAGGCCUGCGGGAGCGACGUCGAUCAUCGACUCCGCCGGCGCAGGUGCGCCCUGAGAUGGAGAGUCAGGUCCUGGCGAAGCUGAACAGCUGCAGCCACGCCGAACUCACGGAGCUGAAGUUCGUGGGACCGGUCAUGGUCAACAAGAUCCUCAUCCAGCGACGAAAAGGUGGAUUCAAAAGCAUCCACGAGGUGCAGGAAGUGCUGGGUAUCUUUGGGAAAAAAGUGGUCAAGAGUGUUGAGGAGUCGUUGAUGCCACGGUCCCGCUAG